GAAACAGUUUAUAAUGCCUGGCAACCCUGGGUCCGUUCAGCACAGGGAGCUUAAGCAUUCUUCUCGGUGUAGGUCAAAUUUACUCAUUGAAAGAUUAACUGCAGAGGUAGCUUUCAGGUUUAAAAACCAAUGACGGGGUGUACCGAUCUUAAAGAUACUGAUGCUGGGCUCCUAAGACUUUCGUUCCUCUGUAAUUGAGAUAAACACAACGCUAGAAAUGUGGAAGACGUGGACUGGGCUGGCUGGAGCGGUGCAGCGUGUAAGGGCCAGUCUUCAUCCGAUACCCUAUCGACUAGCAUCGACUUUCCUAUGCGCACCACACAGCGCCCGAUGCUUCAGCACCGGCCGGGCAGCAUGCAAAGACUUUAUCCAAGAGUUGGAGCAGCAGCUCAAAGCUUUCCGUCAUAAAGCGCUAACAGCCAUGCCAGGCAGCGACUGGAGCCCCCAGAACACUACGGCCGGCCUGCCCCCGGAGCGCGCCGACAUCGUGAUCGUGGGCGGGGGCGUGGUCGGCUGGUCCAUCGCCUAUUGGCUGAAGAGGAAGGAGCGCGUGAGGGACGGGGUUCGGGUGCUGGUGGUGGAGAAGGACCCUACGUAUUCCCAGGCGUCGACGGUCCUGUCUGUCGGAGGGAUACGACAACAGUUCUCCCUGCCGGAGAACAUCCACCUGUCCUUAGCCUCCGCCGACUUCAUGAGGAAUAUCAAUGAGCACCUGGGUGUCUUGAACGAGGACCCGGUGGACCUGCAGUUCACCCACUCAGGGUACCUUUUCCUGGCGAGCGAGAAGGGGGCGGCAGUCAUGGAGGAGAAUUACAGGACUCAGCGGGACGCCGGGGCCAAGGUUCUGCUCCUCUCCCCGACCCAACUGAAGGAGAAGUUCCCCUGGAUCAACACUGAAGGGGUGAAGCUGGCUUCGUAUGGUCUGGAGAAUGAAGGCUGGUUUGACCCCUGGUCCUUGCUGAAUGCAUUCCGGCGCAAGGCCCUUUCUAUGGGAGUGUACCAGUGUGUCGGGGAGGUCACAGGUUUUAGGUAUUCGUCACACUCCAUGUCAACCACUGAUGGAGACAUGGUGGCUUUCAAAAGAAUUAAAUAUGUCAAUGUCCGUAUGCCCAACAGCCUGGAGGUUCAGCCUGUGGAAUGCGCCAUAGUGGUGAAUGCAGCGGGGGCCCAAUCUGGCAAAGUGGCCCAACUGGCAGGCAUAGGCUCGGGCCCCGAAGACAGCCUGGCUAGUGUCCCGGUGCCUGUGGAGCCCAGGAAAAGAUACGUAUAUGUGCUGAACUGUCCAGACGGGCCGGGUCUCGACACCCCCUUCUUGAUCGACUAUUCGGGAGUCUACUGCAGACGAGAAGGACUCGGGGGGAACUACAUCGCAGGAUUGUCCCCUGAGGAGAAUGAGGAACCCGACUCCGGCGACCUGGAGGUCAAUUACGGCUUCUUCCAGGAGAAUCUCUGGCCACUGUUAGCUCGCCGCCUCCCCGCUUUUGAAUGCUGCAAGGUCACAAGCGCCUGGGCUGGCUACUACGACUACAACACCUUCGACCAGAACGGCAUUCUGGGCCUGCAUCCUCUGGUGAACAACAUGUACAUUGCAACCGGCUUCAGUGGGCAUGGCCUGCAGCAGUCACCGGCGGUGGGGCGCGCUCUGGCCGAGCUCAUCCUGGACGGGGGCUUCCGCACCCUGGAUCUCAGCGCUCUGGGAUUCGAGCGCAUCUUCUACAAAGAGCCGGUGCUGGAGAGGAACAUCGUGUGAGGGCUCCAGGAAUGGAAGGGCACCCAGUAGAGGGAUGAUGGAAUGGGAGAGUGCUGCAGAGAGCACGCCAAGGCCCCCCGUGGCCCCCCCGGCAUCUCUGUCCACCGUCACGGAGGCAUUCUGAGGCGCUCCUGCCGUUUUUCAGGUUCCCCAACUUUGGCUGGUCAGAGCCUACGUGUGAUUAAGUGCAAAACGCUGUGUAAAUACUGAGAUCUAUAAAUACAAGCUGCAUCUGAUAGCCUUUUUGGAUCGCUGUGUACUUUCUGCUGCAUGAUUUAAAAUGAGUCAAUUUUCUGUAUCAGGUUUUGUUUUAACAUGAAGUCUCAUUUAUCAGCACAGUCUGGUCAAUAAAUGCUGUAUUUUUAUUAA